AUGUCGGCGGCAUGUAUGGUACUGCACCAGACACCGUUACCAUUACCAUUGUACCAUCCAAUCCAAUAUGAGGAACCAACACAAAGUUACAACUUCGGCUAUGACGUCGACGACGUACACUCCAGGGAUUUUAAGAGUCAACAAGACAACCGUAGAGGUGGUAUAAUAUUGGGGCAAUACUCUCUCUUGCAACCGGAUGCUAUCACUAGAACAGUCGAUUACAGAGCUGAUGAUCAUUUAGGUUUUAAUGCAUUAGUCAACAAUGAGCGUAGGCAGAAUAAUUUACUUACUGACAGACAAGUCGAGAAUGACAAAGAUGUGUCUGAUCGAUCAACCAAUGCAGGUACUCCAUCCAGUCAGCCGUGGCUCAUUAGCAGGCAACAUGCAAGUCAAACACCGUGUCUGAUGGUGCUCGCUCUCUUGGCUGUUGCCAAUGCCGACUUCUCUAGCUUCUCCUAUGGUGUCGCUGACCCCAACAGCGGCGAUUACAAGAGCCAGAUAGAAAACCGGGCCGGGGACAAUGUGCAGGGCCAGUACUCACUCCUGGAAUCCGACGGAACCCGUAGAACUGUCGAUUACGCUGCCGGUGCGGAAGGCUUCAACGCCAUCGUGAGGAAGGACCCAGCCUUGAUCCCAGCCGCUCCCCUCGCCCUCCCAGCCGCCAGCUGGGCUGCAUACCCUCGCUUCGCAUACCCCUACCCCUACUACGGCCUCCUU